AUGCAGCCGAAGAAGAUUGGACAACGCGGCCGGGUGAACACACGAGUCACCGCCCUGCCGUCCUAUCCGUCAGAGAUUCAGAAAUGGACUGAAUUCCUGAGCAACUUCAGCGGAGAGGAAGGAGACAAAUAUGCGCAGCGUAUACGGGAGAUCAGGAGACGGCGAGCAAAGGAAAUCGUAAUAGAGGUCGACGAUUUGAAGCACUAUGCCGAUAGGUGGGUGGAAGCCGAGAAAGCCGCAGAAUGGGAUCAAUUCAUUCGCAAUGUCGAACGAAACUGCUUGCGCUACGUCAAGCUGCUGCAGGAGGCCGUCGACGAGAUGCUCGACGCCCUGCCGCUGCCGCAAGUUGGCUCCGAUGUCUCCACGAGGGAUGUGGAGGCCAUCGUUCGCGACCAUCAGCUUCGCGGGGUCCGCAUUCCCGGCACCAACAUGGUGCGCACUGACGUCGGCCGCGAGAACCUCUCCAGCGGAGCCCAGGACGGCGCGGCGGUUCAGCCGGCCGCCCUCCCCAAAUCCCUCACACGAAGCUACGAGGCGCGCAUCCUUGGGUCGCAGGAUACUAAGGUGAUCCCACUGCGCAAGGUGGGCGCUCGGCACAUCGGCAGCCUGGUGCGCAUCCGGGGCAUGGUGACCCGCACGACCGAAGUGAAGCCUCUGAUGAUCGUGGCAGCCUACACGUGCUCGGACUGCGAGACCGCCAUCUAUCAGGAAGUGCUCGGCAAGACGUUCAUGCCAAUCAUUCAAUGCCCUUCGGCCGAGUGCCAGAAGAAGCAGACCAAGGGCAGACUGCAUCCACACAUGCGCGCGUCCAAGUUCACGAAGUUUCAGGAAGUGCGAAUCCAAGAAAUUGCCGAAGAGGUGCCCAUGGGCCACGUACCCACCAGUCUCAUUGUACACGCGCGAGGCGAAGCAUCUCGAAAGUGUGGACCUGGCGACAUUGUCACACUCUGGGGCAUCUUCCUGCCGACUCCCGCCUCGGGUUUCAAAGCCAUGCUUCCCGGAGCGUUGCUGUCCGAAACCUUCAUGGAUGCCAUGGCCAUCCACCGACACAAGAAGUCCUACCUCGAAUACUCCAUUACCCCGAUGAUGGAAAGGGAAAUCAUGGCCUUGGCUGAGAGCCCUCGAGCCUACGCCACGCUGGCUUCGUCUCUCGCUCCCGAGAUCUUUGGUCACGACGACGUCAAGAAGGCCCUGCUGCUGCUGAUGGUGGGUGGAGUGACCAAGGACAUGGGCGCCGGAAUGCGCAUCAGAGGCGACAUCAACAUCUGCCUCAUGGGCGACCCCGGUGUGGCCAAGUCGCAGCUGCUCAAACACAUCUCUCGCGUCGCCCCACGAGCCAUUUACACGUCCGGCAAGGGAUCGUCAGGCGUCGGUCUCACCGCCGCCGUGAUCAAGGACCCGAUUUCGGGCGAGCUGGUGCUCGAGGGCGGUGCGCUCGUGCUGGCCGACAUGGGCGUGUGCUGCAUCGACGAGUUCGACAAGAUGGACGACUCGGACAGAACGGCCAUUCACGAAGUGAUGGAGCAGCAGACCGUGUCGAUCGCGAAGGCAGGCAUCACCACGCGCUUGAACGCUCGCACAUCAAUCCUGGCCGCGGCCAACCCUGCGUUCGGUCGCUACAACCCCCACCGAUCCCCAGAGGAGAACAUCAACUUGCCGGCUGCUCUGCUCUCGCGAUUCGAUUUGCUGUUCCUCGUGCUCGAUAGACCCUCGCGGAGCGCCGACUUGGAGUUGGCGCGACAUGUGUGUCACGUGCACAGGCACGGCAAGCACCCCGGCGCCGGUGGCGACGGUAUGAAGACGCCCGAGUUUAUGCGCGCCUACAUCUCGCUCGCCCGUAAGGUGGAGCCCGCCGUGCCUGACCACCUCAUCUCCUACAUCACCGAUGCCUACGUCAACAUGCGUUCCAGCGGCGGGAUGUCAGGGUCGGCUGCCUCGGCUGGCUACACAUACACAACGGCCCGUACGCUUCUGGGCAUCUUGCGUCUGGGCCAGGCGCUGGCCCGGAUUCGGUUCAGCGACGAGAUAUCGCAGGCCGACGUCGACGAGGCCAUGCGACUCAUGCACUCCUCCAAGGCCUCGCUCUACGAACCCACCCAGGGCCGCACCAACGCGAUCGAUCCGGUGUCAGCAAUCUAUUCGCUUGUGCGCGACUGGGCCUCGACGCACCAGACGCUCAUCGUUAAGGAAGACGAGAUCCUUCCUCAGGUGCUGGCUCGCGGAUUCACGUUGGACCAGCUGCGAGAGUGCAUCCAGGAGUACGAGAUGAUCAAUAUUUGGACCCACUCGGCUGCCAGCCGCGAGAUACGCUUCAUGUCUUACGCUUAA